UGUUUUGUGGUUGCAAUUAUGGCAGUUGCCGGCAGCCGCGAAGCUGAGUUUGAUGACUGUGAUUACACCAACAAGGAUCUGUUUUCUGUUAUAGCUCCACCAGGUGAAGCUGACGCAUGGAGGGAGAACGCUGAUAUAACCUCCUACGUGCAAGAAUUGAGCUCUUACGACGUCCAAAGGCUAACUCGGGAACCAGAGCGACUGGCAGAGGAGAAAGCUCAGGUCUUGGAGCAGACACAGAAGCUGGCCUUUGAGAAUUACAAGACCUUCAUUAAGACAGCACAGUGCUCCAAGGACAUCUUUAAAGAGUUCAGCGUGGUUGAAAGUAAGUUGGACGCCUUACAAGAGAAGCUGCCGGAAUUCGCCAAGAAAUGCCAGCAGUUUGGCCAGCAGUCACAGCAAAUCACCACAAGAUGGCGCCAGAUGUCCCAGAUGCUGUCCAAGCAUCCACAGUUGUUGGAAGUGUUGGAACUGUCGCAGCUCAUGGAGACGUGCGUGCGUAACGGUUGCUACGAUGAGGCCUUGGAGUUGGCUGCCUACGUGCGGCGGCUUGAGAAGAAGCAUGCGGCAGCUAUUCCUCUCAUAGCGAGCAUUGGUGCAGAAGUCCGUGAGUCCCAACAGCUGAUGCUUAGUCAGCUGGUUGGACAGUUGCGGUCCAACAUUCAGCUGCCAGCGUGCCUCAAGGUCAUCGGCUACCUGCGCCGCAUGGAUGUUUACUCUGAGGCAGAGCUACGUGUCCGCUUUCUGCAGGCAAGAGGCUCCUGGUUUGACAGUGUCCUGAACAACAUUCCAACAAAAGACGCCUACACGCAUCUCACGCGUGUUGUGGAGGCCUGUCGAGUGCACCUUUUUGACAUUGUGACUCAGUAUCGGGCCAUCUUUUCUGACGACGACCCCUUGGCUGGCCUGGGAAAAGAUCGCAACGAACCCGGAGCCACCAUCUUCUACAGUUGGAUAACCAGCCAGGUGAGCCGGUUCCUCAACAUUGUGGAGCAUGACCUGUCUUCAGAGCUGUCUGGCCGGCUGGACUCGGUUCUGUCACAGUGCAUGUACUUUGGGCUCUCCUUCAGUCGCGUGGGUGCAGACUUCCGGCCACUGCUGGCACGAAAGUUCCAGCAGGCUGCUUCUUCCCGCUUCAGUUCUUCCAUUACCCGUGCAACUGAAAGGUUUGAGGAGGUGAUGCAGUCCUUCACUCUGACAACAUUGCCAUCUACCGCACCCGUGGAAAUGCUUAUGUCCACCCUCAUGACGCAGGAAAAUGUGCAGCCGCCUUUCUCAUUGCUUGAGUUUGAACCACUGUCCCAGUACUGCAAUGCAGUCCUUGGAGCCUUCAACGAGCUCCGGCUCUGCGCCUGCCUGUCCCUGGCUCGAGAGACAACAGCGGCAUUAGAUGCCUCGUUGAGAACUGUUGUCAGAAUUAUUGUUGACUACCACACGGCAGAAGAACCCACGCUGACAGAGAAAGAGACUGAGACGCUGUCUCGCUUCUGUGGUUCCUUUGCCAACGAGUUGGUGCCAUUUAUAAACACCUGUCUGUCAUUGCUGUUCCCUGCCGCAGAAAUUGGCAAGUUAUUAGGAGUGCCAGCUACCUAUGUUGCCAAACUGGAGAACAUGGGCCACCUCCAUUGCGAAGACAUCGUGCAGCCUAUGAAACACCUGGUUUCAGAUUUCGAAGAGGACUUUACUGUUCCUGCGAGCUCAGAAACAGAUGAUUUGAGCGUCACUGAUGAAAUCACAUUGACUGAUGUCACAAAAGAGGACCAACAGCACUCGACAGAAACCCCUAGCGAGGCAACAGCAUCAAUGGAGGAUGGAAGGAACGAGGUUAAGGAUGAGCCAAUGGAUGAGUCGAAGGAUGAGCCAGUGUCUUCACCUCUUCUUCAGAGCACCGUUGAGCCUCCUGCGGUUGCAGAUGAUUCCGUCAGCACAGAGAUCAGCGCCGUUGCUGACCCACCCGUGGAUGACGCAGCAACAGACAAUGGUCUCGGGAAUCACUGAAGGUCUGUGUAAAUAAAUGGAUACAGAUGUUGUGUCUUGUAAAUAAAAAGUUUGUUUACUUAA